CAGUUCUCUUUCAACCCAACCGGAGACGACGCAGAUUCAAUUCUAAGGCAGAGUUGAUACUGUGCCCUGAUGGAUGAUGAAGAUCCCCGAGCUUAUAAGUAUGGGAAACUAUGUGAAGGCCGGGCUAGUAGCCGUUCAACUCAGUUAUGUGAUCUACCUGAUGAGAUCCUUAUUCUUAUCUUGAGCUUUCUUAGGAUGAAGGAAGCAGUGAAAACGACUGUGUUAUCGAAAAGGUGGAAGAACUUGUGGGCUUUUAUUCCGGAUUUUCAUGUAUCACAACGUGAGUUUCCAGAGAGGCCACUCUUCUUGGACUUUGUGAUACGAGCCUUUGCUCUUCGCAAUGGAUUUUCACUCAGGAAAUUCUCUAUCUCGUGCGACAUUCUGGAAGAUGCUCCUCUUAUCAUAGCUUGGGUUUCUUUUGCAUUGAGGCUCAAUUUGCAGGUUCUCAAUCUACACCUCGAGAAGCCUAGUACCCCAUAUGAGACUUUCAUGUUUGAUUGCUUUCUCAGAAGUGAAUCUUUGAAGGUACUUAACUUGGAUUUGCCUUGUGUUGUGGUAAUUCCUCCCCGGGUAUCUUUUCCAAAUCUGAAGGAGUUGAGGGUCUCUGAAAUUAUAUUUGAGGAUGUGGACUCCAUAGAGAAGUUAUUCUCUUGUUCAUCACUCGAAAUGUUAUCUAUCUACCAAUGCAAAUGGAGGGACCUCAAGGACAUACACAUUUCUGCCCCCAACCUUCGAUUCCUCUGCAUUGAUGAAACAAUUGAUGAUGAUAACAUCGACUUUGAUGAAAUUGGUUUUGCAUUUCAAGAUGCACUUUCCUACGAUCGCCGGAUCCAUAUUAAUGGAGCUUCUAUCAAAUCCUUCAUCUACAACGGGGAGCUCAUCAAUGAAUGUUGCAUAUUGGGGGACACAAUGCAGUUAGUUGAGCGUGCGCGAAUUAAUAUCGAUCGCGCAUAUCAAGCUGAAAAGUUUAUUGUCGUGCCUCGUGGAUUUAAACUACUCUCAGCUGUUGCUAAUGUGAAGAGUCUCUCUCUAACCCAUCACUUUCUCACAGAUCUUGCGGCUGGGAUCUUAUCAAUGAUACUAAGAAGAUCUCCCCAUCUUAGAAGCCUCAGGUUUUUGGAGGAAUUUGACCACUUUCCUCGGCAUGAAAGAGAUGGAUUGUUGGAUCCGGUGCCUUCUUGUUUCUUGACGGAGCUCAAACUGAUUGCUUUUAAAAUUGACAACACUGAUCAAGGUUUUGAAGAUCAAAUAUUCGCUAUUGGGCUUUUGGUCAAAACCACAACAGUUCUUGAAAAACUGGAAGUUUAUUAUAAGCAGGACACUGUGGACAUUGGUUUUCUAGUGAACGGAGAUUCGUCAUACUUUCAUGGAAAUCUAAGACUUAUGUUUGGGAAAAACAAGCUUAUAUAUAGACAGGAAGACAGAAAAUAUAUAGCCCGAUAUAGAAUCCCUGCAACACCGCUGCAGCGGCUAUGCCCAUCUCGGCUUUCGGGCUUCAGUUUGCUUCGAAUUGCAUCACCACUGCAUCAGCGGCGGUCAUCACUGCAUCAUCACCGCUUCAACGGCGGUCGUGUAUCUGUACAGAGCUUAGGCUGUCAGUUGGCCAACUGCAGUUGAGGACUUGAGGUGGAGUUGAUAUUGUGCCCUCAUGGAUGAAGCUCCCCAAGCUUAUAAGUAUGGGAAACUAUGUGAAU